AUGAGCCUUCCCUCUGCUCCUACGGCCGCGCACACGCGCACCGACAUACCAUCCACCUCCCUCUUCUCGCUAGCGGGCAAGCAGGCCAUCCUCACGGGUGCAACGCGAGGCAUCGGCAAAGGUUGCGCCGUGGCAUUAGCAGAAGCAGGAGCCAGCUGCUGCCUCGUUCUUCGUCCGACCACCUCGAGCAACGCAGACUCGCAGACGGGCACGCACUCGCACUCGCAGCAGCAGCAGCACGAAGCGCUUCGCGAUCUGCCCACUGAUCAAGGUCAGAGACACUGCGUCGUGUAUGCGGACUUGGCAGAUUCGCACAGCGUCAAGGGCGUCUUCGAAGCGGCGCUCAAGAAGGAUGAAGUUCGAGGAAAGGUGGAUAUUCUGGUCAAUGUGGGAGGCAUCCAGAGGCGAAAUGAGGCCGUCGACUUUGCAGAGGAGGAUUGGGACGAGGUCAUCAAUGUCAACCUCAAGACGGUGUGGCUUCUCAGUCAACAAGCUGGAAAGCACUUUCUCUCUCGCCCAGGUGGCGGCAAAAUCAUCAACUUUGGUUCGCUGCUCACAUUUCAAGGCGGUAUAUGCAUUCCAGCGUACGCCUCCUCCAAGGGAGCAGUAGGACAACUUACCAAGGCGCUAUCGAAUGAGUGGGCAACGCACAGUGUUCAGGUGAAUGCUAUCGCUCCAGGAUACAUUUCCACUGAUAUGACGGAGAAGCUGCAACAGGAUCCUGUCAGGGAGAGGCAAAUCUCGGAGCGCAUUCCUGCGGGCAGGUGGGGCACUCCAAGAGACUUUGCAGGUCCGAUAGUAUUUUUGGCCAGCGAGGCGAGCGCCUAUGUGACUGGUGAAAUCCUCGUGGUGGAUGGGGGCUGGAUGGCGCGCUGA